AUGGGGAAGGAACAAUUCCGUGAAACGGAUCUUGCUCGGAAAGUCGGAGGUGUGCAGUUUAUGGCUGGAGAUGCGGAAAUGAUGCGACAGGUUGCACACAUCCCCAUUUUCAACAAUAAGCUCUACGAUGAAUGUCCUGGCAGAUGGGUGCCUGCUCCAUUUGGGCCUCUCGACCCUCGUUUGGGAACGUGCCAAAAGAAUACCGAUUGUCAAACGUGCAAACAGAAUUUAACAGACUGUGUUGGUCAUUUUGGAUAUAUUGAUCUGGCGUUACCCGUUUUUCAUGUUGGUUUCUUCCGACUCACCAUUCAAAUGUUACAAUGUAUUUGCAAGCACUGCUCGGGUCUGCUGUUGUCUGGCGAACAGAAGAAAAUAUUUCUACGACAAGUGAACAGUCCAAACUUGGAUUAUUUGAGAAGAAAGGCGCUUCAUAAACGUAUUGUGAAUGCUUCGAAAAAGAUCACGUUAUGUCCACAUUGUGGUCAUAAAAACGGAGUUGUAAAAAAGGCAGUUGGAGCUGUGUUAAAGAUUGCCCAUAUGGAUCCGAUACCAGUGGACAAAUUAUCAAAUUUUAUUUAUGCGUCUCAAGAAAAUAAAGAACUGGGAGCACUCAUACCAAAAACAAAGUUCUCUCUCUUGAAUCCUCUUGAAGUUCAAAAGAUAUUCAAAAAAAUUAAAUUGGAGGAUAUACCUCUGCUAAUGAUGCGAUCUGCCGGCAAACACCAGCAUCCUGUCGAUGUUCUGCUCAGUCGACUACCCGUUCCACCGUGCUGCAUUCGACCAUCAGUUGUAUCCGAAGUUAAAUCUGGCACAACAGAAGACGAUAUAACAAUGAAACUGUCUGAAAUAAUGCUAAUCAAUGAUGUUAUUCGGAAACACAAGCAGGACAGUGCACCUGCAAAGACAAUAGCUGAAACUUGGGAUCAUCUGCAGGUACAAUGUGCUCUUUAUAUAAACAGUGAACUGAGCGGAUUACCGCCAGACAUGCAACCCAAAAAACCAACCCGUGGAUUUACUCAGCGCUUGAAGGGUAAGCAGGGACGAUUCCGAGGCAAUCUUUCCGGAAAACGCGUUGAUUUUUCAGGACGAACGGUGAUAUCACCAGAUCCGAAUCUGCGUAUCGAUCAAGUUGGUGUGCCAAUUUACGUCGCCAAAAUAUUAACAUUUCCUGAAAUUGUGAACGAAUCAAAUAUGGAACGUAUGCGUAAAUUAGUUAUAAAUGGCGAUGACAUCCAUCCGGGUGCAAAUCAUAUCGUUGAGAGAACGACGGGAAAUAAGAAAUUUUUGAGAUACGGUAAUCGUGAGCAAACGGCUGCACAGUUGAAGGUUGGCGAUAUUGUGGAAAGGCAUCUGGAUGACAACGAUGUGGUUUUAUUCAAUCGCCAACCGUCUCUACAUAAAAUUUCAAUUAUGUCACAUCGAGCGAAAAUUGUACCUGGACGAACAUUUCGAUUCAACGAGUGUGCAUGCACUCCGUACAAUGCCGAUUUUGAUGGUGAUGAAAUGAAUUUACACGUACCACAAACAUACGAAGCGCGUGCUGAAGCGUCUUUGCUGAUGAGUGUUAAAAGCAAUCUGAUAACGCCCCGUUCGGGUGAACCUCUCGUUGCUGCUAUACAAGAUUUUAUAACGGGAGGAUAUCUGAUGACCCAUAAAGAUAGUUUCUUUCCACGUUCCGAAGUGCACAGAUUUGCAUCGGCGAUAAUUGAUGCGAAUCACAAGAAACAAACUCGCAUUCGAAUACCCCCGCCAGCAAUUCGUAAACCACUCGAAUUAUGGACUGGAAAGCAGUUAAUUGAACUUAUUAUAAGACCGGAUGUUGACUCAAAGAUCAACUUGAAUUUAACAGCCAAAAACAAAAGUUAUACUGGUAACGAAGAGUUCUGUGUGAAGGACUCAUAUGUAAUAAUUCGAAAUAGCGUGUUGAUUUGCGGUGUACUUGAUAAAGCUCUGCUUGGUUCUGGAAGUAAGACGAAUAUUUUUUAUAUGUUGCUGAGGGAUUUUGGUGAAGAUGCAGCCGUUGAUGCAAUGUGGCGACUUGCGAGAAUGGCACCGGUUUAUCUCAGCAAUCGCGGAUUCUCGAUUGGUAUUGGUGAUGUACGUCCGGGUGAAGCGUUAUUGAAGGAAAAGUCAGCGUUGUUGUCAGCAGGAUAUGCGAAAUGUGACGAAUAUAUUAGAAGUUUAAAAGAAGGACAUCUGAAAGCACAACCUGGCUGUAGUGAGCACGAAACACUGGAAGCACUCAUUCUCAAAGAACUCUCUGCUAUCCGUGAUCAUGCUGGACAAGCAUGUCUUCGCAAUCUUUCAAGACACAACGCACCGCUAACGAUGGCUGUUUGUGGUUCCAAAGGUUCGUUUAUUAAUAUCUCACAAAUGAUUGCUUGUGUUGGACAACAAGCUAUAUCUGGCCAUAGACCGCCGGAUGGAUUCGAGGAUCGAUCAUUACCGCAUUUUGAACGAAGCGAGAAAACUCCGGCAGCGAAGGGUUUCGUCGAGAAUAGUUUCUAUUCAGGUCUUACCCCAACAGAAUUCUUUUUCCAUACAAUGGCUGGCAGAGAAGGUUUGGUUGAUACUGCGGUGAAAACUGCAGAAACUGGUUAUAUGCAAAGAAGAUUGGUGAAAUGUCUUGAGGAUCUGUGUGUACAUUAUGAUGGAACCGUUCGUUCGUCAGCUGGCGAUAUAAUUGAGUUUACGUUCGGUGAAGAUGGUCUCGAUCCGGCGUUAAUGGAAGCGAAGGACGGAAACGUUGUUGAUUUCAAGCACAUUCUUGAGCACAUCCGAAAUACAACGCCGCACAUUUGGGAAGAGGGUUCGGAGUUGGAGACCGAAGAGAUGCGACUGCUUAUAACAACAACAAUAAAGAGUAAAUUGGGCAAUGAUCAUGCGCGUUUUCGUGAACAACUCGAAACGUUCAUGUUGGAUUACAUUGCCAGCACGCAUAAGUACUACACCCUACCGAAAACAUGCGAACAACAUCAAAACGCAUCUCGUGCGCAGUGCUUGAAGUGUCCGAAAUGCAAAUCGAAUUGGAAUUACCGUCAAAUGCAAAUUCGAUCGCAUUGUUUGUCGCAUUCUCAGGCAGUUGCGUUCAUUGAACUGUGUAAUCAUAAACUGAAACGAUCCGUCACUGAACCGGGCACUGCGGUCGGCGCGAUUGCGGCCACUAGUAUUGGCGAGCCAUCCACACAAAUGACACUAAAAACGUUCCACUUUGCUGGUGUGGCUUCGAUGAAUAUUACUCAGGGUGUCCCUCGUAUCAAAGAGAUAAUCAACGGUGUGAAGCUGAUAUCAACGCCGAUUAUUACGGCAUCAUUAAGUGAUGAAAAGGAUGAAAAUUUAGCAAGACGAGUUAAAGCAAGAAUCGAAAAGACAACUUUAGGGGAAAUUUGCGAAUUCAUUGAGGAGGUUUAUUUGCCUCACGAUUGCUUUGUUCUCGUGAAAAUAAAUGCGAAACGAGUGCGUUUGUUGCAAUUAGAGAUCACAAUGGCAUCUAUUGCACAUUGCAUUUGCACCACAAAACUUCCCGUGCCUGUUAAACUCAAUCAGAUCCGUAUGAUCGGUAAGACAAUAUUGGCGAUUCGACCUCCAGAACUAGCAAAAUGCUCGAAAAUGAUGGCUAUUCAAUAUCUGAAAUAUAAUCUUACGAAUGUUGUCGUGAAAGGUGCUUAUCUUCGCUUACCCGGUGUUGUGAGAUGUGUUAUAACCGCGGAUGAAAAGAAGGGUGAUUCAUAUAAACUGCUUGUUGAAGGCACUGAUUAUCGAGCAGUUAUGGCGACAAUGGGUGUCGAUGGUCGACGCACUUAUUUCAAUAAUGCGUUGACUGUUGCUGAGGUGCUUGGAAUUGAAGCAGCAAGAACGUCGAUAAUCUCUGAGAUUCUUUCAACGAUGGAAUCUCACGGUAUUGGUCUUGAUCAACGACAUGUUAUGUUACUCGCUGAUCUUAUGACAUAUCGUGGCGAAGUUUUGGGCAUAACUCGGAAUGGCUUAGUGAAAAUGAAAGAAUCAGUUCUGUUAUUGGCUUCUUUCGAAAAAACUACUGAUCACCUCUAUGAAGCGGCAUUCUUCCAACAGGAGGACAAGAUAGUUGGCGUUAGUGAGUGUAUCAUUAUGGGCACUCCAAUGACCAUCGGUACUGGCUUGUUUAAGGUGCUUUAUAACCACGGUAAACCACCGAGCGUCAAACCCAAAUUAACCAUUUUUGAAACACCUGAAUUUGAUUUAAAGUUGUAG